CUAAUUUACCGCAAUAAUAGCCCAGAUCCACCUGCCACGUGGUUGAUUUUCCCUCGCCGCAAGCGUAUGUCAUCCCUUCUCUGUUGACCGUUGUAGAAUUUAAAUUUCAAACCCCUCUCCCUUCCCUUCUUCUGAACAACAGAGCACAUUGUAUAUGCUAUAGAGAGAGAGAGAGAGAGAGAGAGAGAGAUUGCAAGAGAAAGGAGGAGGACAGAGAGAAGAAAGGAAAGGAGAGAUGAAGAACAGUGUGGACUUGACUCCAGCCUCAGCCUCAUCGCCGAAGGCAAGAUCGGCCACCAUCCGAGGCCGGUCGGAGGGCCGGGGGGACAGCUGCUACUUCCCCGGCUGCCGGAAGGUCACCAACUGCCACUGCGAGAUCUGCCUCGCAAGCAUCAACGCCACCCUCGAUCUCAUCCCAUCUGCCACCAAGCUCUCUGCCAAAAAACCCGUUCCCAAGGGAACCCUGCCGCUGUCCGACUCCGAGACACCUCCAGCAACCUCCGAAACCGGCUCCACCCUCACCAUCCCAGUGACCCCACCGAUCCAAUCCACCAUAAAAUCUAGGCCGUCGAAGAAGGCAGUCAUCGAAGAGGAGAGAUCUCGGGUUCUUGGGGACAGGGUAUGGAGAAUUCUUGCUGGUCUGUGCUUCUUGUGGUUGGUCAAUUCGGGAUUUUCAGCUGUAGUUUUGAGAGGUUAUGGUCCUAAACUGACGGCCGAGUUGGUAAGGAAGGCUGGGGAGGAAUCUCGGGUUCUCUUGGGAGAUUUGAAGGAGGGAUUGGGGGUUUUGCAGCAGAAGCUUGAGAGGGUGGUUGGUGAGGAAGUCUCCAACUGCAGCUCUGAGGAUUCUCUUUGGGAAUUGAAGCAGGAAGGUCAGCUGUUCUUCCACUGGAGGUGUGUGUUGUACAAAUCCAUAGCAGAAGAAGUCAGUGUUUGGGGAACCCCACUAAAGACCUCUGGGCUGCUUACCACUGGGUUUAAUCUAAGAUCUCUAACGCUUCUCUCGGGCAGAAUCACCGAGUGGUCAGAAGGAAAGCUCAUUUCUAAUCCAGGAACAAUCAAGAGCAGCUCAUGGAGUUACAAGAAGUGGAGCUUGGCAGCAGUGCAAUUGGAUGCUGACACUUGGGUUUUGGAGUACAGAAGAAAUGCUUUUUUUGAGGGCUCAGGUUUGAUUCCAGCUACAUGGGAGGUGUUGACACUGAGAAUCUCAAAGUUGGUGAAGGAGCUGAAGCAUAAGCCUUGGAGGCUGCUGCUGCCCAAUGCUUUCCCUGGCUUUUAUCACCACCGUCCAGAAGUGAGAAGCUUCAAACACCCAACUUAACCAGCUACUUCAAAGUGUUCUGGCUGUGUAAUCUCAUCCCUUGUGAGAUAUAGUUGUUGUUCCCUUUUAAUUGUCCUGUUGCACUUCAAAAACACAAGUAGGUUGUAAUGAGACUCAUAAACUUAAAAUUUUAUUGAAGAGAAUCGUUGGGGUGCGAGUCA